AUGGCUUCCUCCCCUGGCACAUGGCCGGUGAUCGCCACGGUCCUGCUCAUGCGUGGCAUGUUCGCCGCCUUCCCAGCUGCGGCGUCCGUCGACGCCGGUGACCUGCUGAUGAUGGACAGGUUCCACCGGUGGCAGGCGACGCACAACCGCUCGUACCUGAGCGCGGAGGAGAGGCUGCGGCGCUUCGAGGUGUACCGCAGCAACGUGGAGUACAUCGAGGCGACCAACAGGCGCGGCGAUCUCACCUACGAGCUCGGCGAGAACCAGUUCGCCGACCUCACCGAGGCGGAGUUCCUGGCAAGGUACGGGUCUUCUUACGACGCCAGCGGUCGCACUGGCUGGGACAUCACCAUGACCGCCGCUGGCGGCGACGCUGGCAGCCUGUGGUCGUCUGGCGGUGGCGACAACUCCUUGGAGGCUCCGCCUCCGCCCAGCGUGGACUGGAGGGCCAAAGGCGCCGUGACGCCGGCUAGGACCCAAGGCUCAGGAUGUGCCAGCUGCUGGGCGUUCGCGACGGUGGCGACGAUCGAGAGCCUGAACUGGAUCAAGACGGGGAAGCUGGUGCCGCUGUCGGAGCAGCAGCUGGUGGACUGCGACCAGUACGACGGCGGCUGCAACCGCGGCUACUACCACAGGGCCAUGAAGUGGAUCAUGGAGAACGGCGGCCUCACCACGGCCGCCGAGUACCCCUACAAGGCCGCCAGAGGCGCAUGCAGGCGCGCCAAGCCCGCCGUCAACAUCAAGGGCCACCUGGCCGUCCCGCCCAACGAGGCGGCCCUGCAGAGCGCCGUCGCCAGGCAGCCCAUCGGCGUCGCCAUCGAGAUCGGCAGCGGCAUGAUGUUCUACAAGAGCGGCGUCUACUCCGGCACCUGCGGCACGCGGCUCGAGCACGCCAUCACCGCCGUCGGCUACGGCGCCGACGCCGCGGGGACCAAGUACUGGAUCGUCAAGAACUCGUGGGGCCCGGCGUGGGGCGAGAACGGCUUCAUCCGUAUGAAGCGUGAUGUCGGGGGCUCGGGGCUCUGCGGCAUCGCCCUCGACACCGCCUACCCGACCAUGUGA